AUGGGCUGUGUCCUUACGGGGCACUGUUCAUCUACAUCAUGCCGUCCUGAUAAUGAGAAUCACUUUGUUAACGACCCUCAGACCUGGACUGACCCACAGAGCUACUGCAGAAAGAAGUACACUGACCUGGCAACCAUAGACAAUAUGGAUAAUAUGAAUAGACAGAUUAACGUUGUAGACAGUAGAUAUAAUGAAUUAGCCUGGAUAGGGCUAGAGAAGGGAGAAUGUAAGACAUGGCAUUGGUCACUAGCAGAUAGUGAGUUUAUUGAGAAGGAGACUCACUGGAAACCAGGAGAACCAAAUGAUCUGGGAAGAAAUAGCUACUGUAGGGAGAAACACAUAGACCUUGCCAGUGUGAGGAACCAGAAUGAGAGCCUGAAGAUAUACUGGAAUGAGGGACAGCCCAAUAACAACAAAGGGAUUCAGAGCUGGGUGGCGGCCAGGGCCAAGAGGGCCUCCACUUCUCAUGUGUGGCUGGGCCUGCCCCACACCUGCACAGUGGACCUCUGCUUCUGGGUCAGUAGAGAGGGCACCUGCUACCACAACUGGGAUCCGAGGAUAAAGCAGAUCUGGACCGCCGUCUUUCAUCCGCAGACCGAUGGGCUCAUCGAACAGUUCAAUAAGACGCUCAAACAAAUUCUGCGGAAGGUCAUCAAGCGGGAUGGGAAGAACUGGGACCAGCUACUGCCCCACCUAAUGUUCUCGAUCCGAGAAGUGCCACAAGGCUUUCCCCUUUUGAAAUCCUCUACCUGA